UCCUCCUGCCACGGAGAGGCGACGGGCUUAAACCGAAGCCGGGCCGGCUGUGGGUGACUCCCUUGAGAGAGACCUUCUUGGGGGGGCUGGGGAGGGGUGGGAGGGAAAAGCGCGAGCUCCCGAGUAGGGGGAAGGGGGUCACCAGCGGCACGAGCAUCCCCCUCGUUAACCGCCGGCGGCGGAGGAGAGAUCCGGGCGGCAACUGAGGCAUAGGAGGAGGCGCCUUCCUUUUCUCUGAGCGAGCUCCUCUGGGCCGGUCUCCUCAGCCAGGAAGCCUUCCUUCCCCCUCUCCUCCUCCUCCUCCUCCCCCCCACCUCCCCUCCCCAAGUCUCGUUGCCGGAGGAGCGACCCCCUCUCCUCCCCCCGCCCGAACCGGCAAAUGAACUCGGUCCGAGCCGCCAACAGGAGACCCAGGCGAGUGUCCAGGCCGCGCCCGGUGCAGCAGCCACCGCCGCCACCGCCACCGCCUCCUCCUGUUCAGCCGCCUCAGCAGCAGCAGCAGCAGCAGCAGCAGCAACCACUGCAACUGCCGCCGCCACCUCCACCGCCACCGCCGCCGGAGAGGAACAACAACAACGCCGUAGCUGCCGCCGCAGCCGCUAUCGCCGCUGGGGAACGGGAUGAUGAUGUACCUGCAGAUAUGGUUGCAGAAGAAUCGGGUCCUGGUGCACAAAAUAGUCCAUACCAACUUCGCAGAAAAACUCUUUUACCUAAAAGAACAGCUUGUCCUGCAAAGAGCAAUAUGGAGGGUGCUUCUACUUCAGCGACAGAAAACUUCGGCCAUCGAGCAAAACGGGCCAGAGUAUCUGGAAAAUUACAGGAUUUAUCAGCAGCACCUGCAGAACAAUAUCUUCAAGAAAAAUUACCUGAUGAAGUGGUUCUGAAAAUCUUUUCAUACUUGCUAGAGCAAGAUCUUUGUAGAGCAGCGUGUGUAUGUAAACGUUUCAGUGAGCUAGCUAAUGAUCCAAUUUUGUGGAAACGAUUAUACAUGGAAGUAUUUGAAUAUACACGUCCAAUGAUGCAUCCUGAACCUGGUAAAUUCUAUCAAAUAAAUCCAGAAGAAUAUGAACAUCCAAAUCCCUGGAAAGAAAGCUUUCAGCAACUGUAUAAAGGAGCCCAUGUAAAGCCAGGAUUUGCUGAACAUUUCUAUAGCAACCCAGCAAGAUACAAAGGAAGAGAAAACAUGCUGUAUUAUGACACCAUUGAAGAUGCACUAGGUGGUGUUCAAGAAGCUCACUUUGAUGGACUUAUCUUUGUUCACUCGGGCAUAUACACAGAUGAAUGGAUAUACAUUGAAUCUCCUAUAACGAUGAUUGGUGCAGCUCCUGGGAAAGUAGCAGAUAAGGUCAUUAUUGAAAACACAAGAGAUUCAACCUUUGUCUUCAUGGAGGGAUCAGAGGAUGCUUAUGUUGGUUACAUGACAAUCAGGUUUAACCCUGAUGACAAAUCUGCACAACAUCACAAUGCUCACCAUUGCUUAGAAAUCACAGUUAACUGCAGUCCAAUAAUAGAUCAUUGUAUUAUUCGAAGUACUUGUACAGUUGGUUCUGCAGUUUGUGUUAGUGGCCAAGGGGCUUGUCCCACUAUCAAGCAUUGUAACAUAAGUGACUGUGAAAAUGUUGGACUCUACAUCACAGAUCAUGCACAGGGGAUAUAUGAAGAUAAUGAGAUUUCUAAUAAUGCAUUAGCUGGGAUUUGGGUUAAAAACCACGGAAACCCUAUUAUAAGACGAAAUCACAUUCAUCACGGGCGAGAUGUUGGUGUUUUUACAUUUGAUCAUGGCAUGGGUUAUUUUGAAAGUUGCAACAUACAUAGAAAUAGAAUAGCUGGUUUUGAAGUGAAAGCAUAUGCAAAUCCUACUGUAGUUCGUUGUGAAAUCCACCAUGGGCAAACUGGAGGAAUCUAUGUCCAUGAAAAAGGAAGAGGACAAUUUAUAGAAAAUAAAAUCUAUGCAAACAAUUUUGCUGGUGUAUGGAUUACUUCAAAUAGCGAUCCAACCAUAAGGGGCAAUGCAAUUUUUAAUGGAAACCAAGGUGGAGUCUACAUAUUUGGUGAUGGAAGAGGUCUUAUUGAAGGAAAUGACAUUUAUGGGAAUGCAUUAGCAGGAAUACAAAUUCGGACUAACAGCUGUCCUAUUGUUCGGCACAAUAAGAUUCACGAUGGCCAACAUGGUGGUAUAUAUGUGCAUGAAAAAGGCCAAGGUGUGAUUGAAGAAAAUGAAGUUUACAGUAAUACCUUGGCUGGAGUCUGGGUUACAACAGGAAGCACUCCAGUUUUAAGAAGAAAUAGAAUACAUAGUGGUAAACAGGUUGGUGUCUAUUUCUAUGACAAUGGGCAUGGAGUAUUAGAAGACAAUGAUAUCUAUAACCAUAUGUACUCAGGAGUUCAAAUCAGAACUGGAAGUAACCCCAAAAUUAGGCGAAACAAGAUUUGGGGAGGCCAGAAUGGUGGAAUUCUUGUUUAUAAUUCGGGGCUUGGUUUUAUAGAAGACAAUGAAAUUUUUGACAAUGCAAUGGCUGGAGUAUGGAUUAAAACAGAUAGUAAUCCUACAUUAAGAAGAAACAAAAUCCAUGAUGGCAGAGAUGGGGGAAUCUGCAUAUUUAAUGGAGGCAGAGGGCUUCUUGAAGAAAAUGAUAUCUUCAGGAAUGCACAAGCUGGAGUUCUUAUCAGCACAAAUAGUCAUCCGGUAUUACGGAAAAAUAGAAUAUUUGAUGGAUUUGCGGCAGGUAUUGAAAUAACAAAUCAUGCAACUGCAACUUUAGAAGGCAAUCAGAUUUUCAAUAAUCGGUUUGGAGGUUUAUUUUUAGCCUCUGGGGUCAAUGUGACAAUGAAAGAUAAUAAAAUAAUGAACAAUCAAGACGCCAUUGAAAAAGCUGUUAGUAGAGGCCAGUGUCUAUAUAAAAUAUCAAGUUACACCAGCUAUCCGAUGCAUGAUUUCUACAGAUGUCAUACAUGUAAUACCACGGACCGCAAUGCUAUAUGUGUAAAUUGUAUUAAGAAGUGCCAUCAAGGACAUGAUGUUGAAUUUAUUAGACAUGAUAGAUUUCUCUCUUUCAGGUUUUUUUGCGACUGUGGUGCUGGAACACUGUCCAAUCCCUGUACACUAGCUGGAGAACCGACACAUGAUACAGAUACACUAUAUGACUCUGCUCCUCCUAUAGAAUCUAAUACACUGCAGCACAACUGAGUUACUUUUGAGGGGGGGAAAAGUCCUGCCAUUCUAUUGUAACUGUUAUUUUGGUUUUUUGGGUUGUUGUUUUUUUUGGAGGAAGUUAUACUUGCCCAUUUCUGCAGAGACUUUAAAAUGGAUAAUAAAUGGUGACACUAUGGAGCUCAACCUACCAAAAAGAAAGUGGCAAUAUGUUGACUCAGGAUAACAGAACUGGGCGUUUCAGCAUUACUGUGUAAAGACUAAGGGACAGGUGUGAAGAAAGUAAGCCGCGUAUUUGUACAGAUGGCAACUUCCAAAAGACUGGUGUUUCUACAAGUAGCAUUGAAACGCAGUCCCAUUUGCAGUAGUCCUACUCUAUAGACGAGCAGCAGUCUUUGUUGCUGCCUUUAUGGACAUGGGUACCAAUUGCUUUUUGUAAUAUGGUAAAAAUGUGAGCUAGCACUUCCGCAUUUAUUUUGGUUUUUUAACAUUUAUUCAGAUUGAGAUGAUUUUAAUGCUUUAAUCUCAUGUAGUUUUUAAUUUCAAGCAAAUCUUUAUUGUACUUGAAUGUGUCCUGUUUUGUUAGCACACCUACACUUGCUGUAACUGUACUCAUGUCCCAGUAUGUAUGUUCUUUCUAUGAAAGAGAACACUAAUCUUAAAUUAUAUCCAGCAAUUUUUCUGGUAUCCUUUGCAGUUAGAAUCUCCCCUUCCCUUUUUUCCAAUCCUCAUGAUUUACAUCACCUCACAAAACAAUGUUUUAAUGAGACUUUUUGGGAGAUAAUGCACUAUAAAACAAAGUGCACAGGUGAUAGUUUGCAAGAGGAGGUUUUACUGUGUUUUAAAGUACACUGUAAGAAUCUCCCUAAAACAAUCCUGUAUUUUACUCUGUUCACAGUUUUAUUGAACAGUCUAGACAUUACUCUUAUGAACUGCUGACAAUUGUAAUUUCCUGCUCUAAUGAAGAUGAGAAAAAGUAUAUAGACGCCCUAUACAGUUUCAUAGCUUUUUUUCCAUUUAUGUGUAUUGGUGACAGUGGGUAAUCAACAGCCUGAAAGUGUAUGCAUGUACCAUAACAUCUAGACUUAAUAUAUUGUGGAGUAUUCAAUAAUCAUUAUGUAGAGGGUAGCUAAGAAUUAAAAGGGUUUAAUUUCCUAGGAAAGACAAUGGAAAAUGGUCAUUUUUAAAAAAUAAAGUUUAUUAGAUCA